AUGUCACCUAUAAAUACAACUGCUAAUAUAACAUUGUCUGCUUACUUACAAUCGUUUAAAUAUUUCCAAAAAAUACAAUCAGAUAUCCGAAAGGAUGUAGAAGUUGAUUUUGGAGUAUUAAUGAGUUGUGAUCAUAGUAUUAUAUCAUCUGGAACUUUUGGUUGGUGGACCGCCUAUUUAACGAAAGGUACCAGCAUUUAUUUUAAAGGAUUUCCUUCGUCCCCUCUACUUGGAUGUAUAUCUCCUCCAGAUUAUUAUCCAUCUCAUUGGAUUGGACUGGAGUAA